AUGCGCUUUCAUGCGGAUGGUGACACCGUACACAGUGCCCGUGGAAAUGGCAGUAAGUUCUUUCUUGCUUCCGGCAACAGGGAAGGUGAAGCACAGUGCGAUCAGUGGCAAAGUGACCAGCUGCCUCGUCGCUCGAUGCGCGGUCAGUGUCAAGCGUCUCUCUUCGAGAUCAUAAGGUACAAAUGUGCUGCCCUAGCUUAUCCCCUUCUGUACUUGCCAACGAGCUCACCGAUCUUACUAUCCACCUCCUUUCUAGCCUUUCAGUACCUCAUCAGCCCUUCCUCAAUUAAAGCUGACAGGAGAACCGAGAUCGCCUUUCCCACACACGUUCUGCUGGUGAAGAUGUGGCCCUCGCUGUAUGCUGGAUCUAUCGCUCUGCUUUGCACCGUUUUGUUGGCCACCGCUGUCAAAGAUGCUGGAGCAGCGAAAGCAGGCGUACAGUCUCUGCAAAAGCGACUCAACAUGCAUGUGAGCGUGCUUGCGCCUGACACGUAGGACGACGAUCUUGACAAUGCUUGGAGGGUGAUGCUCUUGACAAUCUCGCAGCUGCCAGAGAAUCACUCGGUCGCUUGGUUAAAUGAUCAGAACGUCGUUAAAUUCGAAGCGCAUCCUACCAAGGGAUUCACGACCAUGUUUGGAAAGGGCUACAACCUGCGCGCUACCGAGGUCACCUCAAAAAUUGCAGUGAGUCAAGAAGUUGGACUAUGUCCCGUUUGCAAAACAAUCGCUGAACAGCAGAGUUCCACGUCUCGUGGCACGAACUUGACUUGUUCCAAGUCCGACGAUGCGCAGAGACACGGCCUUCGACAAGUGAUCAAGGAUCUGAAAACGAACGAGUUCAAGAGAUGGUCCUCUGCUACUGACUCGUGGGUGCCCGUCGACGGCCGAGUCGAGUAUGAACGUCCUGUGACCAGAUCCAUGACCGGCAAGCUUCGCUCUGCAGGUGAGACGUCUCAGGUUCGGGCAGAUCAGCGACCUACCGAAUCGCGUGAAAGUGGCGCAUCCAACUAG